AUGUCGUUGAUAAGUGAUGAAAUGAAAUCGGAAUCAGAGGUAUACUAUGGAGACGAAAUCUGUCAAGUGAAAUCCCAAGAGCUUCUGGAAGAAAUGUGUCUUCCGAAAGGUUUGUUACCAUUGAAAAACAUCAUCGAAGUUGGUCACCACAGAGAAACAGGUUUCGUUUGGCUGAAACAGAAGAAUAGCAUAACACACAAAUUUGAAAAGAUUGGGAAAGUAACAUCUUAUGCUACUGAAGUCACUUCUUAUGUUGAGAAAGUGAUAUUUAUGUUGAAUCCACCUACUGGGAAAAUCACUUUUCAAACUCCUGCUGGACUUUCUCGAACUUUUCCUGUUUCUGCUUUUGAAAUUGAGGAGAAAUCAAGUGGUGUCAAAGAGGUUUAG